AUGGGCAAUUUUCGUGAACUUCUAAAAUAUAGAAUACUUGGUGGUGAUUCUACUUUAGAAAAUCAUUUAACAACUACUCAUUCAAAAGCAACAUAUAUUAGCCCUGUAGUCCAAAAUGAAUUAAUAGAUUGUUGUAAACAAAUAAUAACCCAACAAAUUUUACAUGAAGUAAAAGAAUCAAAAUAUUACAGUAUUUUAUUUGACGAAACUACUGAUAUGAGUCAUGUUUCUCAAAUGAGUCUUAUUUUGAGGUAUGUUAAGAAAGUUGAUUCUAAUGAACAUAACAUCCAAGAUACUACUCCUAAGACUGUCAUAGAACCAAAAUUAACUGGUGAAAUUUUGGGCAAUACUGUUCUUAAGGUAUUGAAACAUUUUUCUUUAGACCCUCAAUACUGUGUUGGAGUAGGUACAGAUGGAUGUUCUGUAAUGGUAUCUUCUAUCAAAGGAGCUAUUAAAACAAUACAAUCAGUUGCUAAAAAUGCUGCACGUUGUUCUUGUGCUAAUCAUGCAUUAAAUUUAGCCAUUUCUAAAUCAUCAACAGUUCAAAGUAUAAGAAAUAGUGUUGGUCUUGUAAAAGAAAUUGUUUCAUUUUUUAAUAUGUCUGCAAAAAGAAACUUUGUUCUAAAAUCAGUUUUAAAUGGAAAGCCUCACUUAAAAAGUCUAUGUGAAACGAGAUGGACGGACCGCCAUGAUAGCAUAGCAAUUUUUAAAUGUUCAAUGUCUGACAUUAUAGAAGCCUUGACCAAUAUAUCAGAAUGGAAUGAAUUAGAUUCAUCAUCUAAAGCCAAAACUCUUUUAACAGCUAUGUGUACAUGUGAAUUUAUAAUUUCAAUUAAUGCCCUAUCUAACAUAUUAAGUGUAACAGCUCCUAUAAGUAGAAUACUUCAAGGCAUUGACAAUGAUGUAUUAGCUGCAUUUGAAUGUAUUAAAAAUGUAGUAACUAUUUUGGAAAAUAUGCGUACAAAUUGUGAUACAGUAUUUAAGCAAAUUUUUGAAGAGAUCUGUUCAUUAAUGAAAAACUUUGAAAUUGAAGUAAAAACUCCAAGGUUAUCUAAACGUCAAACUCAACGUUCUAAUCACCCAUCUGAAAAUACUGAAGAUUUUUAUAGGAGUCAACUUAUACCAAAAUUUAUUGUAGAUGUAAAUGAUGAAAAGAUUGACUCAAUAGUAUCAAUUAUGAAAAAUGGUUAUAAAUUUGAUGAUGAUUUAUUAGAACUAUUGGAAGAAUCACAAUUAAAAUCAGAAAUACAACUAUGGAAAGAAAAGUGGAAAACAAUAAAAAAUGAAAGUGGAGAAGUAAUAAAAGAUGCAUUAACAGCUAUUGACCAAUGUAGUGGUAUACUGUACCCAAAUAUUAAAAAAAUGUUAUAUAUAAUUGCUUGCUUGCCUAUUACUGUUGCCUCUGCUGAACGUAGUUUUUCGACACUAAGAAGGUUAAAAACUUGGUUGCGGUCAAACAUGGGGCAAGAUCGUUUAGUUGGAUUGGCUUUACUAAAUAUACACAGGAACAGGGACAUAAAAAUAGAUGAAGUUAUUGAUAUGUUUGCUGCCACAAAAAAAAGAAAUAUUGACUUAAUAAUAUAAUUAUUUUUUUACUAAUUGAACUAUUUUAGUACCUAUUGACUGUUUAUUAUUUUAUAUUAUUAUAUUGUUUUUAGGAUUAUAACUGUAUACAAGUAAGAAUCAUGUCUAACAACGAAUAAAGUACCUAUUGCAUUAAAAUUUCCUUAAAUUGUAACAGUGAGAGAUUUUUGACUUUUGUAUUUUGCCCCCCCUGAAAAAUUAUCUCAAAUACGCCACUGAUCUAAUCUACAUAUCUUAGACAGGUACUUUGUUAAAAAAACAAUUAGUCUCAUAAAAAACAUGAAAUAAUAUUAUAAAGGCUGUAAAACACUAAGUACCAAGAUUUCAUCAUGUGCAUUUUCAGUAAUUAAAUUAUUAUUUUUCAAGUGCUUGAAUAGAGCUUCUAGGGAUGAUAAUUUAUUUCUUAGUCUUCUAACAGUUUGGUUUAAAUUUUAAAUUUUUUUUUGUUGAACCAAUAUUUGAAGCUUAGCUUUUUUAAAGUGACAUUUUGAUUUUCUUGGAGUUAAUAGAUCUGGAGUUUUAAUAUCUCCAACAAAACACUUUCUUUUUCGCUUAUG